AUGUCUGCUUGGAGGAUCAGAGUCCUGGUAGCACUGUGCUUCGUGCGGCAGCCGAGAGGUCAUAUUCAGCUUCCCCCUCCUCAGAAUGUUACACUACUGUCAAAAGAUUUUGACAUGAUUUUGACAUGGACUCCAGGAGAAGGAUCUCCACCAGAUGUGACAUACACUGUGAGGUAUGAAAGCCAGGAACUCAUGGACAAAUGGAUAAAGGUUCGUCAUUGUAAAAAUAUCCACAGUACCUCUUGCAACCUGACUUGUGUACUUCCAAACUUCUUCAUUAAAUUCCGUGCUCGAGUAAAAGCCGUUUCUGGAAAAUUCCAGUCGCCAUGGGUAGAAUCCCAAUUCAAGGAAUACUAUUUGGAUGUGGAACUGGCUCCCCCGGUGCUAAACGUGAACAUACAGGAGAACAUACUCCAUGUGAAUGCCACCUUCCCUUUGGCCACCUGUGUGGAGAGUUUCUCCUGGAUGUAUGACUUGAACCUUUGGGAAGCUGGAUCUGAAGACAAGAAGCAAUACGAAAGUAUCUUUAGGAAGAAUACAGUGACUAUCGACACCACUGCGCUUAGAGGCAACUACUGCUUGAGUGCCAGAUCCUCCUUCCAAAGCAUUGGCUUCAAGUACAGCAAAUUCUCCCAACCAGUGUGCAUGCUUUUAAACCAUAAAGUGGAAUGGAAGCUCCCAUAUUCUGCCAUGAUCCCCGUGUUCGUCCUCCCCAUCCUUCUGGCAAGUGCCUUCAUCACCUGGCUGCUGAAACAAGAUGCUAAGCACAAGAAGCUGCCUCAUGCUUUGGAUUUAUCUAAUUUUAAAGGUGCUGGAGCACCCUUUCACUGUGAGCUCAGUGAGGAGUUCCUCGCGGACUCUCUGACCUGCACAGAGAAGCCAGUGUCACAAGGGAAGAAAAAUAGAACAUCACCAAGAAACAACCUACCAUGGAUGGCUUCUCUCCUGUCAUCAUCGUCAUCAGAAGAGGAGGAGGAAGAUGAAGAAGACAGCAGGACUUUCAUCCCAUACACUGAAAUGCGUCGCUUUCCAAAGAGAUGUCUGAACUACCAGCCGUCCAGAACUGCUGGGCCGGAAACAGGCAGGGACUCCACAUCUGGUGGUCUCUCUGUGGACAGCGGAUCUGUGAUGGACUUCACGGCCUUGGGUUUCUCUUUCUCUCCAGUGAGACAGAAUGAAGUGGACACCUCAGGAUCCCAAGGAAACGAAAAGGCAUCCCUUCCUCACAGCUCCUCUUUGGGAAGAAUAUCCCUCACUGACGUGAGAUUCCCAGGUCCCAGGGAACAUGGACAGCAUGAUACAGACCGGGAUGACUGCCUGGAAAUGACUCCCCUCCAAACACCGCUGAACAGGAUUUGUGCCAAACUUCCAGCUGAUGAACGCAGGAAUCAUCACCAUGUCACCACAUGUCACCAGAAACCACUAGCUGAUCUGCCCGUCCAGGUCAGGGAGAAGUCACAGCUCAGUGUGGAUCCCAGCAUGGAACAACUCAUUUGCUUUCAGACCUUACAGGUGGCAGAAGAUGAAGGUAUUGCAAGUGACUGUGACAGCGAUCAUUUUAUAGAAGGGACACCUCCUGCAUCCACAGUGCUAAGUGAUGCAUUUGGAACUUCAAAUAUGGAGGGAAAGUAUGAUCAAAAGUUUAAAUUCAAAGGCUAUCAGCACACACAUUACAUGCGAAGAAGCUAG